AUGAAGCUCACAGAUGGACUGCCUCCUUCCCAAAUGGGAAUGCUGGGGCUAUCUGCAAUGCCAAAGACACCCCCAAAGCCUGUUCCUUCUCGCAACAUGCCAGACUACGGACUCUCGCUGGACAGCAGAGCAGGAGUUGGGCUGAGACGAGGUUGCGGUAGCGCUGGGAGCAGCACAGUCAGCAGCAGUGCCAGCGCACCUGGGGGUCGCGGCUGCACGACCGGGCGCAGCAGCAGCUCAGGCACGCCUUCAUCCCGGUCAACCGUCGCUCGCAGGGUUAGUACGCCUGCGCCUCGACCUCAGUUGAAUCUUGGCGGGUUGCUGGGAACGAAUUCGUUUCACACAGAGUAUCGCGAGCAGAUGAGCCCGUCAUGGUGGUUAGGGGCUGCGGCCUGCAGUUCCUCUUGGUUGCAACUUUCUCCCCCACCUGAAGUAAUGGAGCUUGUAGAAAAGAAGAAACUUACGGAACAGUUUAAAACCGUUGAAGGACUCAUUGACAGAGCAGACUACCUGGGGGCUCUUCGGCUGCAAGCAGACCGGCGCAACGUCUUGCAUUUCCUCGCUCUAGACGAACAAGAAAUGCAGGCUUAUCUCUGGCAGCCCCGUUUCCCUCGGAUUGUUGACUUGAGGAAUCGAACAGGAGAGGCGCAUGCGCGUCCUCCUCCUCGCCAUGCAAACUGUAUCGUUAACCCGAUGAAUUUGUGGCUAAAAUUUUUGACGCUCUCACCGCCUUUGUAUUCGACACAAGCGCCGCUGCCGGCAGUUUCGCCGAAGACCCCGCAAACUGGUGAAGGGAUGGGUGGUGACCAUGGGUUUAGUCUGUUUCAGCGGCCAGAAUUACCCUACGAGUAUUGUUUUGGCACCUCGGGCGAGCAGUUUUUGCCCAUUCUUUUCGAGGAUUCAGGCGGCGUGGCGGAGUGCGUGCCGCCUGAUGAGCUGCUUAUGUUUGAAGAAGACGCUCUACGAGAAGUGGCAUCUCACAUUGAGUCAAAGUUAGCACACGCACUGAGCUGCAUGGUUCUUUCUGCAACUGCGCGUACAAGAGCUGCAGCACUGACACGGAAAGUUCCUCAGGAGGCAACACCGAUCAAUGCGACUUCCUCUACUUCCACCGCCUCUCUCGGAAGCCCUCAAGAAGCUCCGCCGACUGAAGAGAAGCAACGCCGCACGGGCUCCCCUACGGCUCCUGGUGACAGACGAAGCGGUAGCAAGCGCCGCAGGUCUAGCGUGGCAGCAAGAAAUGGCUCACUUGCGAGCUCACCCGUGAAACAGGCGAGAAGUAGCCCGGCUCACAAAGCACAUGGCGCUACAGCAGUGACAGAGGAUGUUGUUGAAGGGUCACCAUUGCCAGUCGCCUUCGGCUCCAAGGGGCCUGCAGAGGUGACACGGGCAGAUGUCCCAGCAGCAGCUCAGACGGCGACGGAAAACGACAUAGUCACCAUUGAACUAGAGGAUCUGUUCACUACAUAUGGGGCUUGCCCGUCAUUACUGAAACAUCAAAACUGCUUUCAGCAGGCGAGGGACGCUUGA